GUGAUGAACUUGAUUCUGCCGGGUGGUAGACGGUAGGGUACCUAGUACGUUCACCUAAUCAAGCCUCACACUUGGUGAUUAUUUUGAAAGAUUAGUUGGACCAGAAACAUGUCAAUGACAUUACUACAGGGGGGAAUUAUAUCAGUGAACUACUCGAAUCAUCACUCAGGUCAUUGGACAGUCAGCAAAAGAGACAAAUAUGGAAGUAUUCCCCUCAAGUAAAACACUUUCAUUUCAACUGAUGGCGGGUGAUAGGCGGACAUAAAAAUGUAUGUAUUGAUAAAAUAUUCCUUGAUUCAUCUAUUUUCAAUAGGUACCUGACAUAGGUAGGUACUAGUGAACUUUUAUUAAGGGAGCCACUGUGAAAUCACGGAAAAAGACGCAGCUGUCCAUAUAUUAUUAAUAAUAUAAUCAUUUAUUCUAUUUGUGUAGAGUAGAUACUUAACUAUGGUAAAGAACAGCUGUUAUUUUUCACGAUUUCAACAGCCACAACUAGGUACAGCCAGAAAUGAAACAGGAUCAGUAUGUAUGCUAUGAACACUGACCUGCGUACGGGAAGUUCAAGGAUAAACGCCACCCCGUAUAGGUAAUUUGUAGAGUUAUAUUUGUAAAUUGUUUCAUUAAUAUUUUUAUAAUAAAAGGACUUGCCCUUCAGCGACCAUUUGUUUAAUUAAUUAAGUGAUUGCCGCCAUCGCUUUCUUUUCCAUUUAUUUAAGUAGUCAUUGUGGCGAAGCAAGCACAAGCGGCAAAAUGCUCGCGCGAUUUAAAAAAAAUACAAAAGAAAAAAGCGAGCAAAAUGUUGUGGAAGCGGUGUCCAUGUCUGCGACAGUGUUUAUCAACGCCUGGGGAAGUUGCGUGCUCUACCGACGAUGCCUGCUCGGGCGUGUCACGAGGCACUUCAGCACUAUAGGGUUCCUAGUUUGGAUACUUCGAUUAGUGACGUUCUUCUACUUGACCUACAUAGUAUUCAAAGAAGACCAGAGUAUAGUGCGCUCAUUCGUCACAACCAAGCUGCAUCACUACGGUGACCACUACGAAAGCAUCACAGCCAUUGUCUUCAUCACGUAUCUGUUUUGGAAGCUGCCCUUCGACCUCAACGGAGCCACCGAAUACUACCAAAUCCUGGUGGAUAUUGACGAAGAAUUAAAAACAUUAGGCGAGGAAGCCGACUACGUGACGCAAGGACGUUGCUCUCUGUUCCUGAUGAUACUGCAAGUCGUAGUCUCUUUUCUUCACGCAACGUCGACGUACGGCACUCUGUGCUUCAUCGAUGAGCACGUUCCGCUUCCCAAAGUGUUCACACUGACGUUCAUCGACACGUGUUCCCUGCUGCUGACGGCGACGUAUUGCAACUACGUAUCCAUGGUCACCAGGCGGUACCGCCGCGUCAACCAAAUACUCAGCGAAAUCAUAGAACUGGAAUCCCUACACGACAAAGUCUACGUUCUGAAUCAGAAUUUUGUGGAAGAAAAUGGUGCUAGGUGCCUGCUGAAGUCGAGGGACAAUCAGCUAAGGGCGACUGUGAGGAAGUGCGCAGAUAUACACAGCAAGCUGUAUAAGGCGACUCAGAUGGCGAACCAGAAAUUCGGCCCGGCACUCGUGUUUAUAUUCAUCUUGCCUCUCACUUACAUCAUUUUGAACUUGUUCUAUUUUGUCGAAGCCACGUCACAGGGGCUACUUUUUCGCGACUUGAAGCGAUAUUUGAGCUUCGUAAUGUACAUAUCUUGGGCGGUGGUUCACAAUUGGCUGGUGAUUUACCUGAGUGUUCGUUUCAGUGAAGACACUGUUCUAGAGGCCAACAAGACGUCAGUUAUUGUACACGAUUUAUUAAAUUUGGAAAUGAAUUCGGAAAUAAGGGAAGAAGCCAUGCUGCUAUCAAUGCAGUUAUUGCAUCAGGUCCCGCGGUUCACCGCCAACGGGCUAUUCAACCUUGACUACCCGCUGCUGGUAGAGGGAUCACGAUUUGUGACUACGUUCAUGGGACUACUAUUACAAUUUGCUACGUAAAACAUAUACAGUAAAGUACUUUAUGUUGUUGUACUAUACAUAAUUAUGUGCAGUACACAAGGUGCAAUUUAAUGAGUGAAAUUUUCGAAGGCAGGUCAAUAUCCCCGUCAAUCCGUAAUGGCGAAAAAAAUUACAUAAAUAUAUUUAUUACAAAAAAAGGUAUUGGACCAUCAGAUAUUUUAUUCAUUUCCAUGUCUAUUGAAAAUUUGGUAUUAGAACUGAAACACUGGUAUUAGAGAAGUCCACUUAGAAAAUUACACCCUUAAUAACCAUUACUUGUAUUGUAUUCGUUUAAGUAAAGGCAGUUGAGAUAUUUACAAUUUAAUAGCAUAAAAUUAUAUUUAUUACUUAGUUAACGGGUUUUCUUUUUGUCACGCACCAUGUACAAUUUAGUCAUAUCCAUUAGGAAAUUGGUAUUUAUUACAGUAUGUACCUUAUACAGUAAGCGAUAUAGUAAUUAUACAAUUUACCUAUCAUU